AUGGGUUUUGCAGAAUCUUGGGUCAAUCUUGUCAUGAGUUGUGUGAGAUCAGUUGAGCUCUCUGUGCUUAUUAAUGGACAGCCAGGCCGCAAAUUAAAGCCAUCCAGAGGUCUGAGGCAAGGAGAUCCAAUCUCGCCUUAUCUCUUUUUUAUUGUAAGUGAUGUUCUUUCCUUAUUGAUACAAAGUGCUGUUUCCAAUGAGCUCUUGCAGGGUAUUAAGAUGGGUAAUAGGGCCCCCACUUUAUCCCACCUUAUGUUUGCGGAUGAUACAUUGAUUUUCCUAAAGGCCUCCACACAGAAUUGUAGAAAUUUGAUCAUGCUCCUUAACGCCUAUUGUUAUGCAUCCGGACAGCAGGUGAAUUUCUCCAAAUCCACCCUCUUUUUCAGUCCCCAUACUCCUAUGCAUUUACGUGAGAGCUUGUGUAAUAUCUUUGGUAUGCCUGAGGUUGAGGAUCCUGGAAAUUACCUUGGCUUGCCAACCGUUUGGGGGAGAGCCAAGAAAAAUGCAUUAUCAUACAUAAAAGAUCGGAUUCUUUGCAAAGUUGAUAGGUGGAAGCAACAACUCAUCUCACAAGCGGGUCGAGAAGUCUUAAUAAAAGCUGUGGCACAGGCUGUCUCUACAUAUCCGAUGAAUAUCUUCUUGUUCCCCCUCACUUUCUACAAGGAGAUUAAUUCAAUUUUUGCAAGAUUUUGGUGGGGUCAAACUGGUGACAGAUGA